GUCGACUGUACCCAGCAUUACGAAGUCUGCUCUGAAACCCAAGUUCGUGGCUAUCCCACACUCUUCUGGUUUAGGAAUGGUGAAAAGGGUGACCAGUACAAAGGGAAGAGGGACUUCGAUUCGUUAAAGGAAUAUGUGGAUUCCCAACUGCAGAGCUCUGGGAAAGAGCCACCAGCAGAUAAACCUACUGAAGCCCCGCAGCCACCUGCAGAACCUGCCCAUGUUGAGCUAAAGGUGCUUUCUCUCUCUGAAAAAGACUUCGAUGCAACCAUUGCCAGGGGGAUCACCUUUAUUAAAUUCUUUGCACCGUGGUGUGGUCACUGUAAGAACUUGGCUCCGACGUGGGAGAACCUUGCCAAGGAGCAAUUUCCAGGUUUGACUGAUGUCAAAAUAGCAGAAGUAGACUGCACUGUGGAGCGUAACGUCUGCAACAGAUUUUCUGUACGUGGUUAUCCCACACUUCUGCUUUUCCGAGGUGGCAAGAAAGUCAGUGAACACAACGGAACGAGAGACCUGGAAUCACUGCAUAGCUUUGUCUUGCGUCAGGCAAGGGAUGAAUUGUAAUAAAAGUCUGGAUGCUGCAUCCCUGGCUGUCUUUGUACAGUAGCUGAGGGAUUUCAAACAUUGCUAAUUUUCAAAUAGUGUAUUUGGGGCUGGGGGAGGGGGGGCUUUUUUGUUUGGUUGGUUUUAGGAAAUUGAAUGUACUAAAUGUUGGUAUCUUCCCUCUGUGUGUGUGUUAAAGAAGUGCUACCCUGUGUGUAUGAAGGAAAUCUAACAAGUAGUUACUGUGCAAACUGAGAAUAUUUUCAGCACUGGUAGUAUUACCGCAUUUCUGCCUUCCCGCAAUGAAGUGUAAAUGGUUUCCUUUGAGACUAAAAUACAUUAAGAAAACCAAUGUAAGGGCACCAGUAGAAUAUUUUUGUCUUCAGAUUAGAUUUGGUUAAAAAGUAAUCCUUACAAACUGCCCACUAUUACUAGAAAGGUAAAAGCUGCAGCUGUGUUGAGUAAUUUUUGCCUCCACAACUGUACUUAAGCCCGUUUGUCUUAAUAUAGCUGCUGGUUAAGAAAUGGAAAGUCACGUGAGGUUGGAAACACACACACCUUUGGAAGAUACCAGGCCACCGUGAGCUGGUUGUUUCCUGUUAAUCCUCUCAGCGUGGGAGGUCUAGCUAUAAUGGAAGUGAUGGUACUGUAACACAUGCCUGAGCAUUACUGAUGCCACAGCAU